AUGGCUGACAAAGAAGAAAGCAGUGGUGCCUGGAGCCGUUGUCCCGUAUGGGACGGCUCCCCUUUGACCUGGCGCGCUUUUAGGCGCGAAAUGGCCUGGUGGUGCUCUUCCUUGGACUUGGAGAGCACGAAGAAGUACAACUUGGCGGCGAGGUUCCUUCUCCGACAAACGGGCACAGUCCGGCAGAGGGGGGAGGAAUUUCUUCCAGAAGAACUCGAAUAUCAAAAAGAAGUUCGAGCACGCGAUCCGGAAUCAGGGGAAGAGUUUGUGCUGACGGCUGAGGACCCCCUGGCCGGAUUGAACAAACUCCUCAAAGCGCUUGAGGCCUUGAAUGGCCAGUCGGUGCUGGACCGCCGCGGAGAGCUUCGGACCGCCUUUUAUUUGCAUUUGGCCCGGCGGCCCCUGGAGCGGGUGGCCGACUAUGCUUCGAGGUUCAGGACGGCGGUCUCGGACUUGAGGGCGGAAGGAGUCAAGAUCCCCGACUCCGAAGUCGGAUGGUUUUUCAAGGAGAAGCUCGGGUUGGAUGCUUUGCGGCGUCAGUUGUUGGAAACCGCCUUGCAAGGGUCUGAAGAUUAUAAUGUUAUGGAAGCUGAGUGCUGGAGGCUUUUCCGCGACCUUCACAGCCAGGACCCUCUUUUCCGACGUGCUGAGCGGCAGGCCGGCACGAAGUUAACAAUCCGCCGCAUGUUCGGCGGGAGCUCGGCCUCUACCGGAACCUCCUCUGCGUCGACGGCUCCCUCUUCGGCGCCUUCUCGGAGAUCGUCUUUUACCUCGGCGGCAGGUUCGGUGGCCGGCGGUGCUCGGAAGCCCUUUCUUCGACAGGCACAUGUGGCCGAACAGAGCGAGCCCGAGGCACUUGAGACGGAGACGGCCGACCACGAGGGCGAGGACGCCGGGGCCGACGAGGAUGGCACUGAUCCGGUGACCCUUGAGGAGGUCCUCCAGACAGAAGUGCAGAACCUCGCCGAGGAGAUCGCCCAGGCCGAGGAGGAAGGAGUGGACCCCGCAUUUUGUGAGGCCCUGGAGACUGAGAUUGAGGCGUCGGCCGAGGCUUUGGUUUCGAUGAGGGAGGCCAGAGUUAAGCUGGCGGAGGUGCGGCGCGAUCGUGGAUACAAGGGGCCCGGCACUUCGAACCAGCCCGGCGGCAGUGCGAAAGACAAGGCCAAGGCCAACAUCGCGGCGAAGAAGGCCUCUGGCAAGCAUGUGUGCUUCGACUGCGGCCAGUCUGGGCACUGGUCUGGUGACCCAGAGUGCAAGAAGCCCGGUGCCGGCCUUGCUCGGCCAAAGGGCAAGCCGGCCAAGCAGGUCGAGGCGGGUGGCCAGGUGGUGGAGCACGAGGUGAUGAUGAUGUCCGUCGAGGAGGCCUUGCGGAGCUCUUCGGUUCAGCCUCGCGGCCCUGAAGCCCUGGCUGCUGUGACCCUGGCCUCGGACAAGGCGCUUGUUGGCGCGCUGGACUCGGCCUGCAAUCGCCCCAAGGAGAUCCGCGACCUGGUGGCCACCGUGACAGAGCAGGAGAACUUUAAGUUCGGCAAUGGUGGCACGCUUCCGAGCUCUACGCGCUACCGUUUGCCGGCGGUGGUGGCCGGUCAGCUCGUGGGCAUUUGGGUUUCCUGUGUGCCUGUGAGCUCCUUGGGCCUUCUUCUUGGAAGAGACCUUCUCGAUGGUCUGGGCGGAGUUUUGGACUUUGGCCAGAAAACCUUGCUUUGCAAGCUUUUUGCUGGAAGGCCACCCGUGCCUCUGGAGCGACUUUCGGCUGGGCACCUGGCCCUGACCUUGAUCCCGGAGAUCUGGCCGGCCGUGACCCGAGGAUUGGCUUUGCUGCGCGUGAGCCUGCUGGCUCAUCUGAACGAAGAAGCGCACAACCACAACAUGACCGAAGCAAGCUUGGAGAUCGGACGUUUGGCGUUUCAUGCUGUUUUCCUUGCUUCGGCCCGAGACGAAGAGAUGUGCAAGGCGACAUCGCCUGAGCAACCCGACUCCCCGUCGCCCGGCGCCUUUGAACAUGGCAUUGCCUCGCCCGACGGCGGCUCCGAUCCUGGCUGCAGCCGGCCCUUCUGCGGCGGAUCCCGACUUUCGUGUCGGCGCGCGCUGGAGAAGAAUGCUGUUGAGAGCCUUGGCCCGCUUCGAUUGGAGCCGAGAAGGAGUCAGACUUUGGUACGUCAAGCAUCCCGAGCUGCGUUGGUUGCCGUUUCCCUAUCCCUCUGUGUCUUCGGCGGAGCAAUGGCAGCUGCAGGCGCAGAGCAUGGUGCGAAGUGGAUGUUACCCACACCGGUGGGUGGGAACCGCGUGGGGCUGAAGUUCGCCUUUGUGGAGGACCCCGUGCUCAUCGGAAUGCUCGCUGCUCGUCGGCCGGCUGGCCGGACCCAGCAACUGAAGGCGGCUGCCCUUCGAGAAGAAGCGGAAGCAGCUGCGAAGGAGGGCGACCGGCUGAAGGUGGCGAGGUCCUUGCUGGGUCCCCGCGGAGGCCUCCCGACCUUGAAGGGCGACUUGAUAAAGCUCGCGGCUCUGCUUCACGUCGAGGUCUCCGACAAGGACACCAUCAAGACGCUCAGGGAACCGCAUGAAGCCAACCGCCGAUGCCAUUUGUGCCCAGAUGCCGGCGAGCUCUACCGACACCUUUGUCGAGCACUCCGACUCGACGGCGAGCACGACGCCCCUGCAGGUCCGGCAGUCCUCGAAGACCACUUCGUUCGGACCUAUGUCUCCGGCGCCGCGGCCUUCGAUAACGACCUCGUUCGGGACUAUGUCACCUGGUGCCAAGGAAGAGCCGCCAACCUGAUGCAGGCGGUGGAUCAGCGAUUCCAGGAGCUUGGGCAGCGGCACGAGGCUAUGUUGAGCCAGGUGCUUCACCACAUCAUGAACAUGCAGUCGGUGGCCGCAACCCCGCUGACCGCGCCCGACGAGGAGAUGAGGGGCAACGACGAUUGGGAGCUGACUUCCGACCCGACCCAAGGGCCUGUGAAGGCAGGCCAGCGACUCAUGAUGCAGCAGGCCUGGGAGCGACAUCGACGAGAUCAGCUGCUCAUUUCUUGUUCCCCGGCCCAGCUGCGGGAGGCGAUGACCCUGGAAAACCACCACAGGUACCGGAAGGCUCUUCGGGAAAGCUUCGUGGUGGAGAUCCCGCUUCUGUGUGCCGACGGCUUGGGUGUGAACACUUCGGUUGGCCGUGCCGCUCGCGCCCGCGGGCACACUGCCGGCAGGGCCCUCACCUUGGAUGCGGGUUGGGAUUUUAGCCGACCAGAACACCGGCAACGAGCACUUCGGCAGCUUCAACGUGAUAAGCCUUACUUUCUUGUUUUGCCGGUGCCCCUGGAGCCUUGGAUGCAGGCUUCAGUUUUGCAUGUUUCGCGAGACCGCCGCCGUCAGCAGUUACAAUCGAUACUGCCCUCGCUGCGGUUUGCCCUGAGCCUCACUGUCGACUUGGGCAAGUUUGGUUCGACAAGCCAGGGGGGCACCCGCAAACAAUACCCUCCGACUCGCCUGGUGACCUCGAGCCAGGCGGUGGUGUCAAACCUUUUGGGCUCCCGGGCCGGGGUGAGCAAGGACCGAGCCGAGCCCAACAACCUCGGUUACCCCAAGGCCUUUGCGGAUAAGCUGGUGCAGGCCUUUGAGCAGGAGUUCGACUAUGAGACGGCCCGCCUGUUCAACAAAGGUCGGGCCCAUGAGUGCUAUGAGAUUGUGGGUUCCCACGGCGGCCUUGACUUUGUACACGAGGCACUGGCAGGUGAGGACGAGCCCGCUGAACUCAGCGAGUCGGAUGAGGAGCUUGGAGAGCCCUUCUCCGGCGAAGUGCCCGCCCCGAUCCGGGCGGCGGUGAGGAGAGUUCACGAAGCCACGGGCCACCGACCUCCGAUGAGAUUGGCCCGAGCUUUGCUGUUAAGUGGUGCGCCGCCUUCGGCAGUGCAGGCCGCUAGGGAGCUUCGUUGUGACGUUUGCCUGGAGAGAAGCCGACCAAAGAGCCAGAGAACCGCUACUUUGCCGGCCCCGAGGUCGGUCGGUGAACGGGCCCAUGUCGACCUCCUCUUUGUGGAAGACUCCCUGGGCAAGACUUAUACCGUGCGGCACAUGACGGAUGCAGUGUCCCGUUUUCAGUUGGCGGCCAUCUUGCCAGACCGAUCCUCGGCCUCUAUGGUGGAUUUCCUCUUAAGGAUGUGGUGGCCUUUGCUUGGGCCCCCGCGGCAGAUCAUAGCAGAUCAGGGCCGAGAGUUUAUCAGUGAAGAGUUUCAGACCUUUUGUUCGGCCCACUCGGUGCACCUUUGGCACUGUGCUGUGCAGGCUCCUUGGCAGAACGGAGUCGCGGAGAGGUCUGGAGGGACGUUAAAAGCCUUGAUUGCCGCCUUGGUUGCCGAGCACGUGGUGAUUGGGGACCGCGACGUGGCAAACGUUGUGGGCGAGGCUUGUGCUGCCUACAAUUCCGACUUGAACUCUGAGGGCGUGUCCCCUCUCCAGUGUGUCACGGGCAGGCAACCCACGGCCCAUGGGGCAGUCCUGGAGAACUUCUCCGGCCGAUUAGCCGAGCAUGGCUUGAUUGAUGAGGACCCCUCUCUACAACAACGAGUUGCACUUCGGGAAUCUGCCAGAGUUGCCAUGGUGAGGUUGCACUUUUCGAGGGCAAUCAGAAAAGCGGAGCUAGCCCGCAGCCGGGAGCCAACGAUUCGUGCUGUUCCGCAACCUGGCGAUACCGUCUACUUCUGGCGGGCUCAGCGCGUGACAAAACGCGGCGACCCGCGACUUUCUACUUCGAACCGCCGCCGUCGACUUGAGCUUCGUCGGUGGCAUGGGCCGGCGAUUGUGAUCGCCAUUGAGCAGGGCAGCGGUGAAGGUACAGCUGCAAAUGCCUUCCUCUCUUUCAAGGGGCAGGUGACCAAGUGUGCCUUGGAGCAUGUGCGGCCGGCUUCCAGCCUUGAGCAGUUAGCGUCUGGAUCUUGGGAAGCCGCUAUCAAGGACCUCUUGGACGGUGCCGCCACCUCUGUGAAGGAGCUGGCCCCAGGAGGGCUUGAGUCGAUUGCUGAAGAAGGACCAGAGACAGUCGAGAUCCCGGCGCCGAUUGCCGCAACGCCUGUGGACGAGCCGCCGGACGAGACAUCAACGGCCGCUCCCGGAACACCCGUGGGCCAUCUUUUGCAGCGGCCUGUGCUUCAACGUUCUCUACAACGAGCUCAAGGACAGCCCUUGGCCGUUGACUUGAGUCAGCAGGCCCUGGCCCGAGGGCAGCCGGCCGACUUUGCGGCCGAACUGCGGCUACAGAUGGAGCGCGGACCAGUGGAGAGGACUUUCCCCAUCGACUUUCUUCAGAAUCCGAUGGGCAUCCAGCUUCAGUUCCUGGCGCAGCUGUUCCCCCUCGACUUUCUUCAGAAUCCGGUGGGCAUCCAGCUUCAGUUCCUAGUGCUGCUGUUCCCCGUCGACUUUCUUCAGAAUCCGGUGGGCAUCCAGCUGGGGUACCUGAAGCGUCUAGGUCAGCUGCUGCAGGCGUUGACCUUGGACCGAGAACAGCUUGAGCGACUAGCGCUGGGGUCGUCUAUGACGCAUCCACUCUUGCAGGUGCAAGCCCUGGUUGAGUGUGAUCGCCAGCAGUGUCGUUUUUCAGAGAAGUCCGAGGACCAUGGGUCGUGGGAUGGACGGUGGUCGUUGCCUUCCUCAAGUCAGCAUGCGCUGUUGCAGGAGAUUGGCGCCGCUCUGCCCACUGGCUGCCCUGACAACCACCACGAAGUGAAUGCCACCGGUGGCCGCAAAGAUCUGCAGUGGAGCUCUAUGUCGGCCAGGCAGAAGGAAGACUACAAGAAGGCAGCUGAAAAGGGUUGGGCCGCCUACGUGGACAACGACGCCAUCAAGGUGCUGUCGGUGCAAGAGAGCCUGGCCGUCCGGAAGGAGCUUGCGAGAAAGGGAGAGUUGGAUCGAAUCCUGACCCCACGCUUCGUCAUGACGGACAAGAACCAGCCACUAAGGACUGAGGGCGCCUUGUUGCCGGAGGCACCGUCAGCCCGCCUUGUGGUUCCGGGUUUUCGGGACAGAGCCAACCUGGCCGGCGAGAUCCGAAGGGACGCCCCGACCGGCAGCCGUUUGAGCCAACACUUGUUGCUGUGCUUGGUGGCCUGGCACUCUGCUACGUGGUCUCUGCUGUCAGCAGAUGUCAAAGCAGCGUUCCUCAAAGGAGAUCCCUUCGUUUCCAGAGAAUUGUACAUUGGGCCCACCAACGAGAAAACUGGACCUGGAAUUCCGUUGCCUACGGGAUGCCUGGCCCGGGUCCUCAAGGGCGUCUUCGGCUUAGCAGACGCACCGAGACAGUGGUGGAUGAAAUUGUCCAGGUCCCUGGAAGCCAAGGGCUGGGUGCGCUCAGUGGUGGACCAAGCGGUCUGGUUUCUCUGGGACGGUGCCGAGCGGAAGCGGUUGAAGGGCAUGAUCGUCAGCCACGUCGACGACUUGCUUUUCGGUGGAGACGGAGCGGCCGAGAAAUCCUUGAUGGAUGUGGGCGCUCAGCUGGGGUUCCGCGAGGUGGUCCGCGACGCCUUCACCUGGUGCGGGAAGUACUUCGAGAAGCACUCCGACGGCACCGUGACGCUCAGCAUGAAGGAGUACCACGAGAACUUAAAGACGGUCUUCGUGCCCAAGAGUCGCAAGACGGAUCCCGCAGCUCUUCUUACACCACAGGAGCACCGUAAGCUUCGAAUGCUCCUGGGCAGUCUUCAGUGGCUGGUUGCCCAGAUCAGGUUUGAUUUGGCCUUCUGUGUUUCCUCGCUCCAAGGGGAAUCUCCGCCGACGGUGGGAACGCUCCUUCGAGAAAACGAGGCUGUGCUGGAGUUCCAACGGGACUGCAACUACAAGCUGACCUUCCGGAGCGUUGACCCCUACGAAGGCGGGCUCAUGGUGGUGACCGACGCGGCCUUGGGAAACGUUUCGGAGAGCGGCUCUGCAGAGGAGCCCCCUUUGGCCAAAGUUUACAGCCAGGCCUGUUACUUCUGCAUCCUUGCGGACAAGAAGCUGAUGGGCGGCGAGACGGGCACGUUCAAUAUUCUGGACGCCAGGAGCCAUCGCAUCGGCCGGGUUUGCCGAUCCUCGUACGCUGCCGAAACGCUCGGCGCCGAGGAAGGAUUCGAUGUUGGACAACUCUGCCGGGGCUACUUGGCAAGCAUCCGGGGCCACGGGCUCCACCAGAGUGAGGUGGAGGUUGCGAUGAACUCCGUCCCGCUGACAGUGGUUGUGGACGCCAAGGACGUGUACGACAAGGGCAACAGCGAUUCCAACAGCUACGGCAGCCAAAAGAGCUUGGCCUUCACGGUGGCCUGGCUUCGCGCCGUUCUUCGGCGCCCGAACACUGUCUUGAAGUGGACCAGUACCGAAAACAUGUGGGCCGAUGGCGGGACCAAGGCCAUGGACCUCGACCACAUGCGGUCGAUCAUGAGCUCGGGGCGCUGGUCUGUCACUUACAGCCCGGCUUUUGUCAAGCAGGUGGCCAAAGGCAGCAAGAAGCGGACGCCCAACGUCGACCCCGCAGCCUCUCUUCCGGGUGUUGAACUUCCUGGCGACGACCCUUUGCUCGGACACUUGCUUCGCCCUGGGGAGCAACGCGGGUGGCACAACCUGGAUGGAACUGGGGUGAAUGUUGCCUAUGAUGCCAAGUCGUAUAGAACACCAGAGCCUCGCUUCUCAACGGCCGAGUUUCCCCUCAGGAGUUCCUUUGCUAGAGUUUCGCUGCCCACUGGUCAAGCCCAGUGGAGGAUGCUCGAGCGCGACGUUGAUUACACAGAGCUCUCAAACCAGCAUGGAUUGCUGGCGAGCCGCGUGCCCAUUUUGGUCACGUUCUUCUCUAAGAGGCGUGUACAGGGUUGA